UAGGUUUCAAUAUUGUUUUUCUAAUCGUCAUCAGUGGUGUUAAAGUAUACAUUGUACAUUAUUGUAUCUUUAUUCUUACGUUUUUGGGUUUUUGUGUGAUUUAAUUGUGUGAAAAGUACGUGUUUGUAGAGUUGAUGCACUUAUUUUGAAAAGAUAGGACCGGAAGUAUUAUUAUUGUUCUGGAAGGAAAAACACAGACGUUAAGAAACGAUACCCAGCGAGUCCCACUUAUUCCUAAACUUAUAUUUGUGAACACAUACUUUUUUUUAAUUUGGUUUGUAAAUCGUCGGUUGGGACACUUUAAAGGUUAGUGAAAACGGUUAAACAUUAAAAGCCGCGAUGGCGUCGCCGCUGCAGAUGACAGAGAUGUACGACAAUGCUCUGCUCGGGAUCCUGCAGCACGUUGGAAACAUUCAGGACUUUCUUCAGGUCUAUUUUGGGUUUCUGUACCGCAAGACGGACUUUUAUCGCCUGCUGUCAAGUCCUAACGACAAGAUGGGCUUCCCUCCCGGUGUGGCGGAGAAGAUGGUGCUCAAGACGUUUAAGGUGUUUGAGAAGCUGGCAGAGCACGACAGAGAGAGGCAGCGGAGCGAGCUGCAGAGGAGAGAGGAGAGUCGAUGUAUUCCUCCCGCAGUUCAAGAGCUGGAGAUCGCCGCCGAGCCUCCCAAGGAGACAGAGGAGCAGAGCAACGAGGCGGCACAGUCUGAGAGCUCCCCCUCAGAUGCUGUGGAUGUUUCAGCUCCUGCCACUUCAGAAGUGACCGUUAACCCUCAGCCCGACAGCAGCAGCAGCAGCAGCAGCAGCGGUCCAGGCCAGUUAGCUCAGGGAGACCAGGCAGCUGCAGCCAGCACAACCUCAGCAGAAGAGAGUCGGGACAAAUUGCAGUCCGACCCCGACAGUUACAACGGGGCCGUGAGGGAAAACUACAGCUGGUCUCAGGACUACACUGACGUGGAGGUCCGCGUGUUUGUGCCCAAGACGGUUGUUAAAGGCAGACAGGUGAGAGUUAGUCUGCAGGCCAGCAGCAUGCAGGUGUGUGUGAGGGAGGGAGCUGAAGAAAAAACACUGAUGGAGGGAGAAUUCACUCACAAGAUCAACGCUGAGAACUCUCUGUGGAGUCUGGAGCCUGGAAGCUGUGUGGUCCUGUCGCUCAGUAAAACCUCAGAGGUUUGGUGGAACGCAGUGCUGAAAGGAGAAAGGGAGAUUGAUAUAAACCAAAUUAACCGCGAGCGCUCCAUGGCAACGGUUGAUGAGGAGGAGCACGCCGUUCUGGACAGACUCUCCUUCGACUACCAUCAGAAGCUGCAGGGAAAACCACAGAGUCACGAAAUGAAGGUGCAUGACAUGCUGAAGAAGGGCUGGGACGCUGAAGGCUCGCCGUUCAGGGGGCAGCAGUUCGACCCCACCAUGUUUGACAUCCCACCCAGCGCGGUGCAGUUCUGAGGCUCGGCCAAAACUCUGCCAAAUAUGAACCGAAUCCUGGUUUAUUCACAGAGCUGGUUGUAAAGUCAAUGUUUACCUGCCGGUCUGUUAUGUUUGUCCUUAACUGUAAGAGCAGAACUGACGCUGGUUUUGUUGUGGCGUGGGAACACUGACGAGGACGUUCAUUUGAUGUUUUGGCAGUAUGAAAUCUGACUUUUGUGAACAGUCUUGCUCUUUAUUUAAAACCUCUACAGUGCC